AAACUCGUCAACAGCGGCCGCCAUUUUACGUUAGCUAACGUUAGCCGAUGCUCGUGCGGUAACGGAGGAUCUCGCGAUCGGUUUUCCCGUGCGAAUUUCUGUGGCGAGCGCGGCGGCCGCGACCGUGCCGAGACCCGCGAUCGCGUUCGCUUGCUCGCGUCCCGAUAUCGCGCGCGAGUGCACGGGGAUAAACGCUCAUUUCCCGCGAUCGUUCGCGCGCCCCGUGUGUCGCAGUGUGCCGUGGCGAAAGAGAAGAGGAGAGGAAGAUGGUACCAGAGGGCCUCGGGAGCGACAUCGUCGCCGUGAGCUAGCGCCGUGCGCGCAGCCAGUCGUUUAGCGAGUCGUCGUGCAGCGAGCACGUACGACCGCGACGAUAUACAGUACGAUUGUUGUAUUUUACGAGGAUAGACAAGUGAUUCGACGAGGGUGAGCGAGAGCGCGAGAGAGCGCGAGAGAGACAGCGCGCGGCGAGCCGAGAGCGAGAGUGAGAGCGAGAGCGCGGAGAGAUAUUCGGUGGUGCGUCGUCGGAGUCGCCAAGCGGAGUCGAGGUGAAUCGAGUCGUGACGAGGGGGAGAGACGGAGAGGGUCCCUCAGGUCGUCCGAGAGAGACUCCGAGUCGUCGUCGCCGCCGCCGCCGCGCACUCGUCCAUCCGUCCGACUCUCUUGGCGCACGGUGAAGCGGCAGCCGCGGCGGAGUCGCGACGACUCGCCGUCGUCGUCGUCGUCAUCGUCAUCGUCAUCGUCAUCGUCUAUCGUCCCGCCGAGCGCCGUCACCGUCGCCUACGUCCUCGUUCCUCUUGUUUCCAACGCGCGUUGAUCUGUCGUUUCGUCCCGCCGGCGACGCGGCGCGGCGGCAGUCCUCCCGUCGUCGUUCGCCGGAGAGAAGAAGCGCGUGAGAGAGUGACGGAGAUUGGCAGCAGCAGUAGCAUCAGACAUUAUUCGUCGUCGUCGCCGUCGUUGUCGUCGUCGUCGUCGCCGUCGUCGUCGUCGUCGUCGUCGUCGUCGCGACAGUGCUGGUGGUGCUAUUGCCGUUGCUGCUACUAUUACUGGUGGUGGUGCUGGUGGUGGUGUUUGUUGGUGGUGUCGUCACGUUACACCGCGCGUGUGUUUCGUACCUGUUUGCCUGCCCGUGCGCUUGCCGCGGGCUCUGACGCCGGGGGUUUCAAGUACCCCGAACCCCACGAUGCCCAAUGGUUGACCGUGCACCGCAGGAUGCUACACGGGGACGCUCCACGCGCCGCGGCUCUCAUUGUUAUUGUUACGCGAGCGAGUACGACUGCGGUACGGUGAAAUUGUUACGCGGUUCGGCCGACGGCAGGGGGGAAGUGGUAGUUGUAUCAUUAUCAUCGGCAUCAUUGUCAUCGGCGGUACAAUUGAUAACGACAACGGCAACGAGGAGUGCAGCAACGGCGCCAGCCAGGCCGACCAGGACCACGGUGGCGACGGUGGUCUUCUAGUUCUAGUAGAGGAGACAGGCCGAGACCCGGAGCAGCUACCCACGGUGGUGCCGUUUGUCGUCGUCGUCGUCGUCGUCGUCGUCUACGCGCGUGCACGGCCGGACGCGGUCGUGGUGCUACCUGUGUGUGUGUGUGUGCGUGCGCGCGCGUGCUCGCUCGCUCGCUCGCUCGCGCGCGCGCUGGUGGUCGAGAGGGAUCAGCGAGAGACGGGCGCCAGUGGGAAGGAAGAGCGAGAGCGAGAGGUUAGGUUAUUACGGAAGAAAGAUAACAGCCGCGCGGAGGAGCCAUGGCCGACCACCUGGUGGACGGCCCUCCGCCGAAGCGGCAGAAACUCGACCCGUUCCAGGGGACGUCGGAUUCGACGGUAGUGGGUAUGCCGCCUUUAUUGAUGCACCAUGCUUAUACGAACUACGGGGGAGGUGGCAGUGGUAACAUGCAACAAAUUCAGGCUCCACCACAACAGCUUCAUCUGCAACAGCAUCAACUGCAGCACUGGAACAACAAUACUACCGUCCAGAAAAGAAAUUACAUUUCUAACACAGAAAUGUUUGACCUUGAAAAUGAUCUUCCCGAUGACUUGCUGUCAUCUGGAUCUUGGGGUUCCACGACCGAGAGCACUAAGCCACCGGCAACCGGUCCUGGCCCAGGGCAGCAAAAUGGUGCUCUCGAUACAGAACUCAGACAACAUGUACAGCAGCAGCAGCAGCAACUUUCCCAUCAUCUCAUUCAACAGCAGGGCAACAAAAACUUGGUGGCAAAUUCUUUAGUAAUGGCUGCUGGAACGUUAGGCAACAAAAGUCCGAAUAUGCAAUCGCCACCGAACGUUUCCGUUUCCAAGGGAGGGAUAGUCGAUCCGCAGAUGGUAGUGAGUCUUGGUAAUCUACCAAGUAGUAUAGCCAGUUCGUUGGCUAAUAAUCAAAUGUCAAUCGCGAAUUCGAUGGGCGGCUUGCAAUCGUCCAUGAGUAUGGCCGGAAACAACCCCGCGAUGUCGAUGCCGGGUGGCAUGAAUUCCGGUUUAGUGAUGACUAGUACCGCUAGCGGGAACAACAUGGGAGGAAUGGCCGGCGGAAGCUUGAUAGUAACCAAUAGUUUGAACAAACAACCUUUAAAUACAGUAACCAUGAUGGGCCCUAAUACUCAAACGAUACAUCAUCCCGGUGCUCCUCACGGGGUUACACCGAUGCAAAAUGGUCCUGGGAUGAUGAACACGAGAGCUGUGGCGAUGCAGCAACAACAACAGGCCCAUAUGGUCGGUCCAGCGAGAGGGCAGAGUCCUCAUCAACAGGUGCAUCAAGUUGGUAUUGUUGGUCCCGGUCAGGGAGGUCCCCGAAUGCAGGCUCCUCCUAACAUGCCAAACAUGACAACUAUGGGGCAACUAAGCGCGUCGAAUCCGUACAGUUAUGGGGUCGUCAAACCACAACAAAAGGGCGUAGGAACGAACAUGAGUCCUAUGCAAGCAGCAGCCACCGCCGGAAGAUUUACUGGUACCGCUAGCCCAAUCGGCACUGCAAACGUUGUGGGUGGUCAAGAAGGUGGAACGGCAGCACAACAGGCGCAACCACCAGCACCAAGUCCAGCUCAACCACAAUCGGGUGCGCCGACCGGAGGGCAGCCAGGUCCGCAACAAGCUACGCAAGGACAAAUGGCUGGUGCUGGUGCUCCAACGGGCGCAAAAUCAACGCCUGAUCCAGAAAAAUGUAGACUCAUACAGCAACAAUUGGUACUACUUUUGCACGCGCAUAAAUGCCAACGACGGGAGAGUCAAGCGAAUGGUGAAAUGAGACAGUGCACCUUGCCAGACUGCAGAACUAUGAAAAACGUUCUGAAUCACAUGACGAAUUGUCAAUCUGGCAAGAGUUGCACCGUACCGCAUUGCAGUAUGUCUAGGCAGAUCAUCAGUCACUGGAAACACUGUAAUCGAAGUGAUUGUCCAGUCUGUUUGCCGAUAAAACAAGCUAAUAAAAACAGGACUAAUUCAGCGCAGGCACCUGCAAUUCAACCAAAUAAUCAGCCAAAUCCAAGUCCAUCCGAAAUGAGAAGGGCUUAUGAUGCUUUAGGAAUUCAAUGUCCGACAACAACACCAGGACUUUUGCCCGGGGUUGGCAGAGGCGGUAGAAUGCCAGCACCCAACAUGGCGGGACCUCCUGGAGCACUGGGCAAUGUUAGAUUAGCGCAACCUCAAACACAGAGUGCACCGGGACAAUCCGUAGUCGGUGCUGGACAACAAGUAGUCGCUCCGAAUGUAUCUCUUCCUUUAAAUUCCGAUCCUACUACGGUUGGGGUAGCCGGCAAUCAGUCGGUACCGACGACCGGACCCACAUCUGCCGCGGCAGCGGCCGCUGCCAAUAUACAACAAUCCGUUAAUAUUCAAGCGAUGUUUGGACUGAAUGAAUCCGGACAACCUGGUGUGAUAGGUGGGGAAAAUAGAUUAGGGAAUCUGCAGCUUCCAGGCGGUCUUCAACCCGGUCAAGUCACAGCGACGCCGGUACAAGGGACAAAGGAGUGGCACAUGUCCGUCACUCCAGAUCUCAGGAACCAUCUCGUUCAUAAAUUGGUUCAAGCAAUAUUCCCAACUCCCGAUCCACAAGCCAUGCUCGAUAAAAGAAUGCACAAUUUGGUCGCAUACGCAAGAAAGGUGGAGGGUGACAUGUACGAAAUGGCUAACUCUCGGUCGGAAUAUUAUCAUCUACUGGCUGAAAAAAUCUACAAGAUUCAAAAGGAACUUGACGAAAAACGACAAAAACGAAAGGAACAACAGCAGCAACAACAACAGCAGCAGCAGCAGCAAUUGCAAGCGCAACAACAGCAGCAACAGCAACCACCACAGCCGUCGGGUACAUCUGGUCCCGGGCUAAGGCCAUGCGUGCCUCCGGUAGGUAUACCAGGAACGUCGAAACCUGUCGGGACGGUACCACCUACCUUACGAAGUCAUUCACCGAGUAUGAGUCAAUUGGGAACAAUACCCGCAAUGGCCAUUCAACAGCACAAUAGGAUGCAGUUCCCACAACAGCAACAGCAGGUGCAACAACAACAGGUCCAACAGCAACAGCAGCAACAGGUGCAAGCCCAACAGCAAAUACAGCAACAACAACAGGGGAUCUUGGUCGGUCCUCCCGGUCCAAGCCCAAACGGACAAUCCACAUCCAACACCAAUAUGGUGCCUAAUUCUGGCCUUAGCCCGUUCGGACAACCUCAAAUGUCUCAAGCUAACCUCACAACCACCACUGCGUCUAAUAACGCGACGACUAGUCAAUUUCCGACGUCCAAUGGCACGGCUGCUGGUUUACCUAACAGUUCUCCUAUUCAAAAUCAGCAUCAGUUUCCUGACAUUAUGAAAGUCAGACUGGCGCAGGCUCAGGCUCAGGCUCAAGCGGCACAACAACAGCAACAGCAGCAACAACAGCAGCAGCAACAACAAAAUCAGCAACAGCCACAACCUACGAGUACUCCGAGUCAGGUCGGUACUCCGGCAACAUCGAUUCCGCAAACACCAUCACCGUUUAGCGGCAUGCAACCAAACGCACAGCAGCCACAGCAACAGCCGCAGCAACAACAGAAUCAACAAUUCCCAACUCGACCAUUGUCAGCUUCCACGCCUAGUGACAAUGGCAUUGUGACAUCGACGCCGCAGACGAUACCACCGCCCGCGUCUAGCGGACCGAGCCCAACAGGUGGUAUAUCUGCGACGAGUACGGGUACGACGAACGGACCUCAAUCGACCACUUCUACGCCUAACACGCCGCUUGUACCGUCGUUAAUGACACCAAAUCAAACGGUUUCUUCCGCAUCAAACCAGACGCCGCCCCAUUCGGGUCCCACACCGUCCCCAGCUGGUCUUGCGAGUCUUGGCAAAGGCAUGACUUCGCAAGAACGGGCGGCGUUGAACACUCCACGCAGCACAUCCAUGUCCUCGCAAAUGGCUGCUAUCACGGCUGCACUAGAUCGUGACAAUUCACCCAGCCCACCGAUGAAUAACAACAAGGGCAAGCUGGAUUCCAUUAAGGAAGAAAUUAAGAUGGAGAUAAAACAGGAGCCGGAAGAGCCGCAGAAUCACAGGAUGGACGGUAAGAGCGUGAACAAUGAGAUUAUCAAGACCGAGCCGAAGACCGAACCAAUGGAGGAGGGCUCGAACGAGGCGACCGUGAAGGAAGAGCCCGGCAUUAAAGAGGAGAGCAUGACUCCCGUGUCCAGUCAGGACACGACUGCUUCCGAUAUUAAGCCCUUGGUGCCGGAACCAAUUCAACCGAGUGGUACGUCUACCGAUAAGAAGAAGUGCUUGUUUAAGCCCGAUGAGCUGCGCCAGGCACUGAUGCCGACAUUAGAGAAACUGUAUCGACAAGAUCCAGAGUCCAUACCGUUCCGACAACCAGUGGAUCCCCAGGCGUUGGGUAUACCGGAUUAUCCCACUAUCGUGAAGAAGCCUAUGGAUCUGUCGACGAUCAAGAAGAAACUUGACACAGAGAAGUAUAGCGAUCCGUGGGAGUACGUUGACGAUGUGUGGAUGAUGUUUGACAAUGCUUGGCUGUACAAUCGCAAGACUUCUCGAGUCUAUAGAUAUUGCACCAAGCUCUCGGAAGUGUUCGAGCAGGAGAUAGACCCCGUCAUGCAGGCACUAGGCUAUUGUUGCGGCAGAAAAUAUACAUUCAACCCGCAGGUCCUCUGUUGCUACGGCAAGCAGCUUUGCACGAUACCUAGAGAUGCAAAGUAUUACUCGUAUCAGAAUAGUGGUCUUCUAAAGGGAAUUGGUAUUCUUUCCGACAGAUACACCUUCUGUCAGAAAUGUUUCAACGACAUACCUGGUGACACAGUGACGUUGGGAGACGAUCCAACGCAACCUCAAACUGCCAUCAAGAAAGAACAGUUCCAGGAAAUGAAGAAUGAUCAUUUAGAAUUGGAGCCUUUUGUAACCUGCACAGACUGUGGUAGAAGAGUUCAUCAAAUUUGUGUUCUCCAUAUGGAAGCAAUCUGGCCAUUAGGAUUUACCUGUGAGAAUUGCUUAAAGAAGAAGGGACAGAAACGCAAAGAAAAUAAGUUCAACGCCAAACGAUUGCCUGUAACGAAACUCGGCACAUAUAUCGAGACGCGUGUGAAUAAUUUCCUAAAGAAGAAGGAGGCGGGCGCCGGUGAGGUCGCGAUCAGAGUGGUCGCCUCCAGCGACAAGGUGGUCGAAGUUAAACCCGGUAUGCGAAGUAGAUUCGUUGAGAACGGCGACAUGCCCGGUGAAUUCCCGUAUCGCGCGAAGGCGUUGUUUGCGUUCGAGGAGGUCGACGGCACCGACGUCUGUUUUUUCGGUAUGCACGUGCAGGAGUACGGCAGCGAGUGUACGCCACCGAACACUAGACGGGUUUACAUCGCGUAUUUGGACUCUGUACACUUUUUCCGGCCUAGACAAUUUCGAACGGCUGUGUACCAUGAGAUUCUUCUUGGAUAUCUCGAUUACGCGAAACAGCUUGGAUAUACUAUGGCUCACAUUUGGGCUUGUCCACCUUCCGAAGGGGACGAUUAUAUCUUCCACUGCCAUCCCGCAGAACAAAAAAUACCAAAGCCUAAGAGGUUGCAGGAAUGGUACAAGAAAAUGUUGGAUAAGGGAAUGGUUGAAAGAAUUGUACUUGACUAUAAGGACAUUUUAAAACAAGCCAUGGAAGACAGGCUUUCGUCCGCAGCGGACUUACCGUAUUUCGAGGGCGACUUUUGGCCAAACGUGUUGGAAGAAAGUAUUAAAGAAUUAGAUCAGGAAGAGGAAGAGAAGCGUAAACAAGCUGAAGCGGCGGAAGCAGCCGCCGCUGCGGCAAAUGCGAUAUUUUCGCUGUCUGAAGACGCGGAAACUCCAGAUGGUAAGAAGAAGGGCCAGAAGAAGGCGAAGAAAUCCAACAAAUCUAAAGCGAAUCAAAGGAAAAAUAGCAAAAAAUCGAAUACUCCACAGACCGGCAAUGAUCUUUCUGCAAAAAUCUUUGCCACCAUGGAAAAGCACAAGGAAGUGUUUUUCGUCAUCAGGUUGCACAGCGCUCAGAGUGCAGCUAGUUUGGCGCCUAUUCAAGAUCCCGAUCCUGUUAUUAAUUGUGAUUUAAUGGACGGCCGUGACGCCUUUCUCACGAUGGCAAGGGAAAGGCAUUACGAAUUUUCAUCUCUUAGAAGAGCAAAGUUUAGUUCCAUGUCCAUGCUAUACGAAUUACAUAAUCAAGGCCAAGAUAAGUUCGUUUAUACUUGUAAUAAUUGCAAGAGUCACGUGGAGACCAGAUACCAUUGUACAGUUUGUGACGAUUUUGAUUUAUGUGUGAGUUGUAAAGAAAAAGAUGGUCAUCCGCAUCAAAUGGAGAAACUUGGCUUUGAUUUGGAUGAUGGCUCUUCGCCGGCCGACGCCAAACAAACGAAUCCACAGGAGGCCAGAAAGUUAUCGAUACAAAGAUGCAUUCAAUCAUUGGUGCAUGCGUGCCAGUGCAGAGAUGCCAACUGUCGCCUACCGAGUUGUCAGAAGAUGAAACGAGUAGUAAUGCAUACGAAGAAUUGCAAGAGAAAGACGAAUGGUGGUUGUCCUAUAUGCAAACAACUAAUUGCGUUGUGUUGUUAUCACGCGAAACACUGCCAGGAGACCAAGUGUCUCGUUCCGUUCUGCUCCAAUAUUAAGCACAAGAUAAAGCAGCAACAAUUGCAGCAACGAUUACAGCAAGCGCAACUGCUCAGGAGACGAAUGGCUGUGAUGAAUACGAGGCCAACCGGACCUGUAGCCGCAAUGCAGGUUGGGCAACAAACCUCGAACGUUGCCAUGACGACUGGAGUCGCUAUGAAACCUGGUGUUAGCACGUCGAAUUUGCCGACACCACAUCAGCCAGGUAUCGGAUUGAAGCCUGGAACACAGCCGCCUCCUGCCAAUGUGUUACAGGUAGUAAAACAAGUACAGGAGGAAGCAGCGAGGCAACAUGUCAGUUUUGGUAAGGUGACACCAGGCGGUGGUGUUGGCGUGGGUGUUGGUGUAGGUGGUCAAACCGGCGGGGUGAUGCCUCCGCCACAGAUGCAGCGGCCGUUGCCAGUUCAGAUGCCGAAUCCCAGCGGCACACACCUCAUCCCAAUGGAUCAAUGGAGCAGGUAUCAGUCGAAUGCGGUAAUGCAACAAAAUCCUAACUUGGCGCGACAGCAGACACCGCAACAGCUAAUGCAGCAGCAACAGCAGCAGCAGCAGCAUCAAGCUCAACCGGGAAUGGGGAUGAGUGCGCAAAUGCCACGACAACCAGGCGUUCUCGGCGGACCAGUUGGGCAGGUUAGUCCGCAGGCGAGCAAUAUGCAGAAGCAUGCUCUUCAACAGCUGAUGCAGACUCUCAGAAGCCCACACACGCCCGACCAGCAAAACCAAAUACUCCAAAUACUCAAGAGCAACCCUCCGUUAAUGGCCGCCUUUAUCAAGCAACGAGCGCUUGUCCAUCAGCAACAACCUGGUCAGCAUGGCGGGGGAGUCGGUGGCCCUUUGGGUCCUAAUCAACCCCAACAACAACAAGCUGGUUUGCAGCAUAUGAUGUCCCAACAGCAGCAGCCGCAGCAGCAGCAGCCACAGCAGCAGUCUCAGCAGCAGCAGCAGCAACAGGGCAGACUGCAGAUACAGAUGCUAACACAGCAGGCGCAACAACAACAACAGGUGCAACCGCAGUCGCAAUGGUACAAACAACAGAUGCUGGUGAUGCAGAGGCAACAACAGGUGGCUCAGCAGCAGCAGCAGCAGCAGCAGCAGCAACAGCAGCAGCAGCAGCAGCAGCAACAGCAGCAGCCAUUUACCCAGCCGCCGGCGCCACCAUACGGUCAACAACGACCUAUGCGACCAUCUCUUCUUGGUAAUUACACGAACAAUCGUAAUUACUUAAUAGGAGAAAAGAAAGCGCUAGACAGUCGGGCUAUAGUACGUAGAGUGUUUCCUAGACACCAACGCUUGCCCAACUCCCUAGGUUACGGCGGUUUCAACGAACAGGGCUAUGGUCAGCCAGGUCUGAAACCUACUCCGCCGCCCGUGCCUUCGCCGCAAGGCGUCAUGGGUCCGCCGGGAAUCUCCGUACAACAACAGUUGAUGCAGUCAGUCCGUUCGCCACCGCCCAUCCGAUCUCCACAGCCCAACCCCUCGCCACGACCUGUCCCUUCCCCUCGUAAUCAGCCGGUACCGUCGCCGCGGUCGGGUCCGGUGCCAUCGCCGCAUCACCAUCCGCCUCACGGCACGCCGACGCAUUCGCCGGCCCACGAGCUUGGCGGCGGUCCCAGCGAGAUGAUGCUCUCGCAACUGGGUGGCGGUCCAGGUGCACCCACCGGCCAUCCUGCCGCUAUGCCUCAUCAUCCCUCGCCGGCGCCAGCGCCUACGAAUGGUGGCGCAGACGCUAACGAGGUAACGCCAAUGACACCGCAGGACCAACUCUCCAAGUUCGUCGAGGGGUUGUAGUGACUGUUACGGACGAUCACAUCGGUCGAUGGUUAUGUAAGUGUUUCCCGUAACGGAGACGACGACGGCGGCGCUCGGAUGGCUGCGACCGUCCGCGUCGCGUGAAUUUAUAAAUUAUACGAAAUGUUCGCGAAUUUUUGAGAGCAUUAGAUAAUUAAACUUGAAACUCGCGCGCGCGCGCAGAUAGAGACUGAAAGAGAGAGCCUGACGCGCGAUCCAUCGAAGUCGAGCGAUCGAGCCUGGCAUGCCUCAGGGUUUGGACUCCUUUAGGAACGCAGGAUAAUUUUACUAUUUCUCGAUUCUUCUUGAAACGUAUACAUUAUUCGCCUCGACGAGACGCUCAGUGCGCACUCGGUUCGCGCGUAUCUUUUCUUUCGAUUUUCUACAUUAUGCGAUACGUCGAAAGAUAAGAGGGAAAAGUAACGCGACGUUGGUGCUUUACAAUUCUCGGCCUGGCUCAAAUAGACUCCAAAUUGUUUUCGUCCUUGGUCGAGAAAAAGAGAGAAAUGAAGAUCGGUAGGACGAGGAAGAACAAAAGCGAAACUAUUCGAAAGACUAUUAUUACGUAUUCUCUCCUCGUAUCCUCCAGAGCCCCCUCGACUCUGCCACUCUUCCUCGCUGCUACUCGUGCAGGGUGAGUGAAAUCGUACAAAUAUAUAUAUACAUAUAUAUAUAUAUAUAUAUAUAUAUACAUAUAUACAUAUAUGUUGUGUAUACUUAACGUUAAUUAAUAAUUAAUAGUUCAAAUACUAUUAGUUCGUAAUUAGUAUCGUAAAUGUAUGCAAUUAUAUACCAAUAUAUAUUAAUAUUACCGUAACGAAACUACAAAGUAUAUGAUAAAGAACACUUGUACGAAAGCUAAAUGAUUAUAUAGAUAGGGAAAAUCCACUAUAUUUAGAGUGUUGUAUGUACGGGGAAAGAAGGAUAAUUUAGAUCGUACGUACGCGUUAAGUAAUAUAUUCGUUUAAGAAGAAAAUUUGUUAUUAAAAGGAUAUCCCUAAGCGCCACACCGAAGGUUGUACUUUAACGAUGAAAUUUUAUGAAUUUAUCGCGAGUGACUCUGCAUUUUUGCAAUGCAACGAGUCCAUCUGUGGAACUUGAAAGGAUACUCUCGGCAGGAUACCUGCUCAAUCGUGUCCUGUCGAGAGGCUCACCUAUGUGACGAGUUAAUGUUGUGGUAACCAAAAAAUAGAAAUUUACAACAGGCUGCUAGCGCGCACGGGAGGGUUUAUAUAAAAACGUUAAUUUUGAUGAAGAAAGAGAGAGAGAAUGAGCGAGAGAGAGAAAAAGAGAGAGAGAAUGACGUAGUUUUCUCCGGUUGAGGGUCCACUGCGUAUGUACAGUUCAAUCAAAAUGUAACUAAUGAAAAUGCGUAUUCGAUAUCGGGCCCUCGCGUGAAAACUUUGUAAAUACUAGAUUAUUAUUACGACGAUUAUUAAUUUACGUGCCCAUUAUUGAUUAAUUAUUAUUAAUAUUAUUAUAUAUAUUAUAAUAUAUUAUUAUUAUUAUUAUCAACAUUAAUCUAUUACUAUGAUCAAUUCAUACAUAGAUUUAUUGUAAUAUUUGCAACAAACGAGAGAAAGAAAGAAAGAGAGAGUUCACGCGCGUUAUUACUACACACGGGUUAGAGAUUGGCCCGCGUACAAAACAUACACCGAACCACAUUACAUGACUAUUGCCAGUGUUGUAUCAUAGUAAAGCUCUAAGUGUAAGUUCCUCCUCUUCCUCCUCCUCCUCCUCCUCCUCCUCCACCACCUCCUCCUCCUCCUCCUCCUCCUCCACCACCACCACCACCUUUGCUCGGCCAUCCCAAACCAUCCUCCGCCAAUCCCUGCACCUUUUUCUUCACCACCUAUUUAAAAAUGACUUAGUAAUAACGUGGGAAUGCGUGAGCAUAUUGUGGUUCAGAAGAUCCGUGGCGUCGGAUAUUUUUCAAGUGCAUACUUUGUAUAAUAUAGCUAUAUCGUGUACAAUUAAGUCAACUGACGAUUGCGAUAGAAACGUAAAUUGAAGAGAAGGGAAGAUUAAAACUGAUACACGUACAUACACAUACACACACGACAUACGCAUACACGCGGUAGCGAAGCUGAACGUAAAAAGGAAAGAGAAAAUAGAGCGAUCGCGAGAACGAUCUUUGGAACUCCUAAGCUCGUGAGCUAAUUAUCAUGUGACAUACCAUCGAUACUCUUUAACUAGCUACACACCGAGAGAUAUAUAUGCAUACAUACGUACGCCGGCAUAUGUACACGUCUUCGCUCAAGACGCAUGUUCAUUUGAACACUCAUGCGCUACGAAUUCUCGUUUGAACUCUCGGCGGCACGUGCUUUGAUCGUGUUCCUCAUUAAGUCACUCUCGCGGGAUUAGCGAAGGGAAAAAGAAAAAGUUGUAGAGUGAGAGAGAGAAAGAGAAAGAACCAACUUGGCAGAACUCGAUCAAGGUCAGCGGUCGGCCUUGAUCGGGUGCACUGAUUCUUUUCGGGUGAAUUGUUACGAGUGCAAUCGGGGUCCUUAGAAGUCCCCAAUAUAGUUUCCGGUACCAUCGAUAUCCCUCCCCGCCCCUUGAACAACGCGAGAAAUCUCAAGUGAUAAAAUGAAAAAAAAGGAAUAUGGUACCGAGACACAUUCCUUUUCCUAGAUUACGUUUUACAUUGGUGUAACGUGCGUCGCAUCAUUUGGGAUAACGGCUUCGCUUCUCCGCCUUUUCCAAAAAGAGAAAAUCGAGUUUUUCUCCCUUUUCUUCCCUUCGCGAAUCGGAUUAGCUUUUCAUUACUGGUUGCUAAAGGCUUCAGAAGUUCGAACGGGAUCAUGGACAGGAUCACCCCCGUGUACGCGGUUUUCUCUUCCAUUCCCUUUUGUUUCCUUCCUAUCUUCCUUUUCUUUUUCUUGUUUCUUUUGUAUUUUUUUUAAAUCGAGCAAUCGGUGAGAAACGAGCGAAAAUUGCUAGGGAAAGACGCACAGAGAUCGAGUGUAGAUGUUUAUUUGAACGAUUUUACUAGCAGAAAAAAGGAGUAAUCGUGUAAACGACAGAACCCAAAAAGUAUUUGGCUUAGUAUGGCUGUGUUUUUAGGACAGUGUUGUAAAUCUGAAAGUGGUGUACAUCUUCGCGGUAGUGACACUCUCGAUAAAAUAUGAACGUUCGAACGCCGCGCGUACCAACUCUCUAUUCCGAUUAAUUAUGAAAUAAAUAGAAGAAUCUUACAUCAAACGUCCAGCGAUCGAAAGAGGAAAAAAGAAAAGAGAAAGCAAAAAAAUCGGGCAGAACUCUUUUUUUCGUAGACGACGUUUGUAAUCAUCGUUGAUCCCCCCGCUCUUGUCAUUUCAGAAGCAAGGGCGAGCUGCGAAAAUUGAGCCCUUUAGGGAGACGCGGUUGAUCGACAAAACCAACCAACGAUGCUUGCAUCCAGCCGGCACUGUUCUCUCUUUCUCUUCUCGGAUGUUUGCAUUAAUAUUGGUAAUACACGAAGAGGAAGAGAACGAUGCUGCGAGAAAGGGAGUUCGUUGGUGCAUGAGGCAUUCGUAACGUGAUUCACUAUUGUAAGCGAGAAAGAGAGAGUGCGAGAGAGCAAGCGAACGAACGAGAAAAAGAGAUGAAUGUUACAUGCAACGCUAUAUAUAUAUAUACAUAUAUAAAUAUUACAUGCGAUAUUUUAUUUCUUUUUUAUAUUUAUCAGUCCUAUUUGAGAGAAAGAAAAGAUAUAUAGACCGCGAUUUGUAUACAUAAACGCGCGCACGCGACGAAUUGUGAAUUAUCCGAUUUAUAGACUAAUUGCAGAUAAAGCAUAUUGUAAUAAUUUAUAUAUAUAUAUAUAUAUAUAUAUAUAUAUAUGUUAUUAUUACAAUAUUAUGAUUGAAAUAUCGAAUACAUAGAAUACUACUUUUUAUUAUGACUUUUCGUAAAUAGUGAAUUAAUUAUCUAAUUAAAGAUUAAUGAGACGCAUAAUGUAACGUUUCUGCUCCCGUCCUUCCCGACCAUCAAGAGGAUACAUGUACAUCUCCCGAGCGCGAAAGAGAGAGGAUCUCUUCUCGACUCCUCUCCCUCUUUUUUUUUUUCCUCGUAUCGUUACGCUGCACUCUCGUCCUUGCGCCGAUAGCGCAUUCGCCGUUCGUUAUAAGAGUGCACAAUGAAGUGAUGACAUGCGUGAUGUGUUCCUUCCUUUUGCCCGAUUGGGAUUUCGACCGUUCUCGCGGAACCUACCGACUCCUAAACACGUGUUCUGAGAUCGAUUGAGAAGAAAACCGCAGAGUGACUUAGGAAAAAAAAACUUUAGUUACGUUACACUUAUUCCCCGCCGUCGUCCUCUUUUUUUACCUAUCGUUUUUAGCGUUUAUAAUACAAGACAGAGAGAAAGAAGAAAAAAAAAGAGGGGCCGAACGUCGUGACGUUCACUGCCCCGCCAGGUUCCGAGACUUUUGCUACCGUCGUUUUUAUAAUUUUAGAAAACGCAGAACGGAUAUCUUUUUUAUGUAACAUUUGCAACGUAUAGAUAAGAUUAAUGUAUGUUGAUCGUGAAUAUAACGAGUAUUGUUAUAUGAUUAUUAAAAGAAAGAGUUUCGAAAAUA